AUGGCCGAACCAGCAAUGGAGCCUAGAACACUAGUAUUCCGUUGGAUAACCAUUCAUAGCCAUAUAUUCUAUAGUCUGAUGACAUGUUACCUCAUUGUUUUGAUUGAGUGUACUUUUCAUUCUUAUAAAAUGCUGCAAGUAACGUCCGUAGGUUUGCCUGAGAAGGCUGGGAACAACACAACAAGUGAAAAAGUUUUUGAUUUGGGAAUAAUCAUAGGAUCAAGUGUGAUGCAUGGAUUGUCGUUAAUAUGCAUUCUGGUUUGCUCCUGCUUGCUAGAAGUUAGAACGUUUUACCAAGCGACACCUCCAAUGUUGAUUACUAUCAUAUCGACUUUCAAUGUUGUCCUGAACGUUUUCGGAUCUGUUCUCCUUAUGAUCAAAUCAGAUGUACACCGAUUGUUUUCAGCGAAAGCUGGUUCCUUUGCUUAUAUGGUCAGAGGAGCUUUUUACAUUUCAAUUUUUUCCUUAAUGUUAUCCAUCACUUCUUCACUUCUAAACAUAUUCUUUCCAUCUCGACAUUCCGUGAAAUACAGUGAAAACAAUAAGGAUGAUGGAAAGACAACGUUAACUAUGGGGACAAAGGGAGAGAUAUCUGAAGCAGCAGUUAUUACUCAAGAGAAAGCACAAGUUCCAAAAGAAACAGCGAAGCCAGCAGGAGAUUUAGGAGCCUUCAUGACAUACUGA